AUGGAAGACACGGUCCUUGCAGCGGGUGUCGCGGUUACCAUCAUCGUGCUGCUGAUGCUGUUUCGAUGGAAAUGGAUGAGCAUCAAGGUUGAUAGCCCUGCCUGCACCCCAGUGCAAUUGGUUCACCGUCUCUGUCCUCACAACAAUGUCGUACAAGGAAUUGCUGUGGAACAAAAGGACAGCCUUGAUGAACACCUCGAUGUACUCACUCGGAAACUAGCUGAUAAGGAAGGUCGUCUACGCCUUUCUAAGUACAAAAUCCGUGAAACUCAGAACGAAAUCGAGAACCUCCACGCCCUGGACAACGACGUACGGACUAAGUACCGGGAGAUUAUGGACCUGCUGAAGCAGGACCUACUCUCCAAUGAGAAAGAGUGCAAGAAGAUCCAGGAGCAGAUCGAGUGGGUCUCCCGUCGACGCGCGGAAAUUAACAGCGAGGUGCAACGAGGCCAAAUGCUCUACGGCGAAGCAGCGUUGGAACUAGCAAGCAACCUAUCGGAGCUCCAAAGGGGCCGCGUCGUCGAUCAACGGUUGACAGACAGCAGAAUGACGGAUCGCAGAAUGACGGACAGCAGAUUGAUGGAACACAGAAUGACAGAGCACAGAGUAACGGACAAACCUCAGAGGCAAGAGUCUCUGACGUCGCUCCGGCUGAGGAAGGAACCCCAGCUCCCAAGAGCGACACCUAUCAGUUCCAUAGUCAUCAAGUCUCCCCCUUUGUCAAAUGAUUCCUUGCGGAGGGCAAUACAUAGACAAUAG